AAGUAGCGCGGCGGCACAAGCACCGAGCAAGAGCGGAUUUAAAACACACACAAAAAAAAGAGAAGAAGAAGAAGAAACCCCCCCCUCCAAAACGGCGUGGUUGUUGUAGAUAGCCGCUCGAUUAACGACUGCGGAAUCAAGCGAGAAAACUCCGAAGCUUGUAAUAAAUAAGCCUAUUACGAGCGGUUCGCGUCCUCGCACAGAGGGCAGAGAGGGUUUCGCCAACUCCGUCGCCCAGUGUUGUGUCAGAGAGAUCGGCGGGAAUGGCUUCAUCUCCGCACGGGAACAGCAACUUUGAUUCCGGUCUGGAAAUCAAAACUCGCUCGGUGGAGCAGACGCUUAUUCCUCUGGUGUCGCAGAUCACCACCCUCAUCAAUCACAAAGAGAAGCCAAAGAAGUCUGAGCGCACCCUGGCGGCCAUUCACAAGGUGGGCCAGGCCGUGAGCGUGGCGGUGGGCCGUUUCGUGGCGGUGGGGGAGGCCAUCGCUGCAGAGAACCAGGAGCUGAAGGAGGAGAUGGGACAAGCUUGCUUUGAAGCACGCAGAGCAGGUGACGCUAUAGCCCAGCUGACAGAUGUGGGUGCAGCCGUGCCAGCCCAGUCAGAUGGACGCGUCACGGUGUUCAGCGAUAGGACAGGCAUGGUGAAAGCUGCCCGCUUGCUGCUCUCCUCGGUAACAAAGGUCCUCGUGUUGGCCGACCGCAUUGUCAUCAAGCAGAUCAUCACAUCGCGCAACAAGGUACUGGUGACGUUGGACCAUCUGGAGCGAGUCAGCACUUUCCAGGAGUUUGUCCAAAUUUUCAGCCAGUUUGGCAACGAAAUGGUGGAGUUCGCCCACCUCACCGGAGACAGACAGAAUGACCUGAAGGAUGAAAAGAAGAAGGCCAGGAUGGCAGCAGCCAGAGCAGUGCUGGAGAAGUGCACAAUGAUGCUCCUCACGGCGUCCAAGACUUGCCUCAGGCACCCGGAUUGUGAGUCGGCGAAGAUCAACAAAGACGCCGUGUUCCAGCGGAUGCGGUGCGCCCUGGAGCAGGUCAUCGAGAUAGUCACCGAGGCGCGGAGCUGCGGCGAGAGCAAGAUCCUCCCCACCAGUAUCUGCAAUGGCAUCAAGGACUUCAAGUCCAGCGUGGAGUCCCUGCGGGGGAAUCUGUACUCUCUGCCGCCCCAGAGCAUGGGCAGCCAGCUGGAGGCACUUGUGGAGCGGACCGAGGACUUCACCGACUCGGCCUACACCAGCCACGAGCAACGGCAAGCCAUCCUGGGCCUGUGCCAACUGGUGCGCCAGGACACCCAGCAGCUGGUGCACGCCUGGAUGGAGGCGCAGUCUGUCCAGGCCAAAGAUGCCACAGAGGAGAUGGAGAUGGGCAUCCUGAAGACAUGUCAGAGUGUCUGUGACCUGCGACGCGAGCUGCAUAAAGUAGCAGUAAGCCGUGCUUCAGACCUACUGAAAGUACACGGGGAGCAGCUUCCCCUGCGGGCGCUCAAAGCUUCAGGCGCUGAGGGAAACCUGGAGGCCGUAACUGAAUAUGCCCGCAAGCUCACCGAGCAGAAGGAGCAGCUGGUGGAGACGUGUCGUCUGCUGUGCCACGUGUCGGGUACAGAGCCUCUGGAGAUCACCUGUAUUCACGCUGAGGAGACCUUUCACGUCAUUGGUCCACAGAUCAUCUCUGCUGCCCAAACGCUAGCCCUCCACCCUUCCAGUAAAAUUGCGAAGGAGAACCUGGAGGUGUUCUGCGAGGCCUGGGACUCCCAGCUUUGUGACAUGGCGCUGCUGCUGCGAGAGAUCAAUGAUGUCUUUGAGGGCCGACGAGGAGACAAAAGGACGUACUUGUCGCUGCCUAGACCCGGAAAACACUCAGCUAACCUUAAGAGUGCCAAAGCUGUCAAGCUGGAUGCAGAGGAGCAGAUGAGCAUGGCCAAGCUGGGCCUGGAGCUGCGUCUGCUGUCAUCGGACGUGGAUUCAGAGAUGGACAAAUGGGAGGACCAAGAGCAUGACAUAGUCCGACAGAGCCAGAGCAUGGCCAGCAUGGCCUACAACAUGUACCUGUUCACCAGGGGAGAGGGACUGCUGAAGACGACACUGGAUCUGUUUCACCAAGGCGAGGUUCUUUCUGAGGAGGGGCUGCAGCUGUGCUCAUCUCUCCACACUUUUUCCACCCAGCUGGUUGACGAGGAAAAGGCUCUGGUCACGGCAGAGAUGGAGAAACUGCUGGCACUGUGUCAGCAGCUUCAGAUGGGGGCGAAGACUCCUGUACAGGGCAAGACUGCCACCUUCCUGAAGGUGGACUCGUCCAUCCAAACCACCCGGGGUGUCAUGGCUGUUCUCCUCUCCCUCCUACCGCUUUGUAACAAGCUCAACAGGAAGUAUAAGUCAGAGAGGAGUAGCCUGGGCUCCCCUCAAGGCUGGAAAGAGCGACAGGAUGCGUCCACGCCUGUCAAAGAUGACAGUGCCAUCAACGGCAAGAACACUAACGGCUUUGGGGUCAAACCCCUGGAUCAACACAUGGCUGGCCUCAACCUCCUGGAGAGCAAGUAAACCAGGAAAUGUUCACGUCCCUUGUCCUGUAUUCGUCCUCGGAGCAGCUCAUAGCUGACCCCAUCUGUCGAGAAAACAAACGGACCAGGAAACGGUUGCACCCCUACAUCCUCAUUCAUCGACCAUGGGAUGGGGUAGAGGAGCUGGGUGAAAUUCGUUAUAUGUAUGCCUUGGGUCAGAUUCUGAUGUUUCUCCCCCAAUAAUGAAAAAUUAGGUUUACAAAGAUGGAGCAAAGCCUUGUACCCAUGGGCAGUUUUACCCUCAUACUUGCCUGUUACAUUAAGCACUAAGUCCACCCUUGCCGAAAAUGGGGGGGGGGGGGGGGGGCAAGCAGCCAACCAUAUGACUUUGCCAUUGGCAGUGGAGAAAGCCUCCUUUACAGAGAAAAGCUCCCCCGUACCCUGAUUUCUGCUCUUGAAUCACUUCUCUGUCUAAUCAUUUCAUUUAGGAUUAGAGGAUUUUAAGCUGAUCAGAUAUCGGUGAUGAGGAAGGGCAAUGCCACACAACGCUCAGCCAUGCAUCCGCAUUCACGAUGUGCCUCUGUGUAUCAGCCCAUUAGCUUUGUCCUGUACUGCUGACAUGGUGAACAUCGCAGCUAGGUGAGAAGAUGAUGCUAAAAAAAUAUAACCCUUCUUGCAUGCUGCCACCACCACCACCACACAGUUGUCCCUGAGUCUCCCGUGGUCAAGCCACCACACGAUCGAUGUGGGACCAGCUCUGUAACGUUAGCCAUUGUGGUACACAACGUAUGUUCUAGAUCACCUGCACUGUAGUCGGCUUUCAGACCUCACUUUAAUAUGUACGUUUUGUCGAGUCAAGCACACCGUGUGGUUUCUGGAUUCUCGCUGCACAGUGGAAGAAUACACAUGUGAUCGGAACGAAACACAGCACACGUGCCAUUUCAGUUUAGCAACUAAUCGUGAAUGCAAAAAAAAAAAUGUACAAUUUGAUGCCAAAUAUGUUUGUGUUCAUGUCGAGUCCGUGACUGCUGGCUUGCCGUUCGGGUGAGACGUAAAGCUCUUAACUCUUGAAGUGUUCACCCAUGGAGACCAUUACCUCCGACUGGGCUUGCUUUACCCAAAAGGUCAACUGACAUAAGCUUAUUACUAAAGUCAUUUUGAGAAAAUCAGGACCUUAACUGACUUUCUGUUGUCUUUAUUAUCAUCAAAUCAUAUUGUGUAUACUGUCUGAUUAUAUUCCUCAAAAAAGACUCUACUGACCUGGCACCUGUGUCGAAUAAAUAGUCAAGUGGAGCCUUGAAGUGUACUUGUGAUGAAGACUAUCAUUGUGAAGCUGCCUAGUAAAGUGAUGAUGGUGUGUAUAAUAUGGUACUCUAUGCAUAGACAUACAGUAUGUAUCCCGAGGUGAAGACUUUGGUACUAGGCCAGGGUGUGAUGAUGACUGAAAUGGAUAGCCAUAUAAAAAGCUUUAGAUGUAUAUUCUACUGUAUGGAAGCAGCAAAGGAUGCUGGUUACUGUAGUGAUGCUACAGAGGGGAAGAAAUAAUAAAUUUAGUUUUGGACCACCUAUCCUUUUCACAGCAUAAUGGUUAAUAAAAAUGUCAUAAAUGAAAAAAAUAAACAA